AUGAAUACUUUUCUCUAUUGUGGAGCAGGAGAGCUUAUAACAGAGCAAAGCAAUGCUGUAUAUCGUGCAAUGUGCGAUCUUGAAUGGUACAAGUUGGAAUCAAAUAAGGCAAGAAAUCUUAUUUUGUUAAUGAUUCGAUCUAAAUAUCCUUUUUAUAUCACUGCAGGAAUGAUUUUUCCACUCACAAUGGGUACUUUUUGCAAUAUAUUAAAAUCAUCAAUCGGCUAUAUAUCAUUUCUACUGACAAAACAUGGCUGA